AUGGGGUGGGAAAGGUAUUCUUUAAUUCCUUUUCCCCCCAUCCCGUGCAUCGUCCAGCAGUGUCAGUCCCCUCUUUCUUGCGUGUCUGUUGCGCCAACCCUGAUUGCAGUGUUGCAGUGCAGCGCAAGAGAGCAGCAUCUCACCUCACCUACAGAGGUGGAUAGUGCAUGUGUGCAGGCCUUCACCGCACCCAGAGAAGCCAAACCCCUAGGCCUCUUCAGGUACCACCAGUCCACGACGAGUCCAAUCCAGCCCGCCAUCCUCUCCUUUGAUCGCCCACCAAUACCUGCCCGCACUUCUUGCCGAGCCUCAACCGAUCAAGACAGGGAUAAGGAUCGACUCCGCCAUCACAUACCUCAGUCGCCAGCCCGACCGGAUCUCGCAGUUGGGGGCCCCGACUCCGCAUAUUCAUCAUCUCCCCGACGAUCUUCUCGCAACCGGGCCAAUUCGGCAUCGAAUUCCUCUCACACAACCAACAUGCCUCAGUACACUUCUCGUGAUGUCGGCGACCCGACCCAGAUCAAGAAGAACAAGCAGAGCAUGGCAGACCUGAAGCUGCGUCGCCUUACCGAGCUCAACAACCGCCUCCGUGAGGACCUCGAACGAGAACGCAUCCCCGUCAGCCAGGCAAGCAAAAGCAUCAUUGCCUACUGCAACAGCACCAGAGACUAUAUGGUCGUCACUGUAUGGGGUGUGGUGCCAAAGGGCGAGGACCCCUAUGCACCACAACAAAGCGGAGGUUGCUGCUUGGUCAUGUAA